UUGUUGUUUUCUUCUUCCUUUGCUAUAAAACAAUAAAGAAACCAAAUACGUAUUUUCUCUCUGGUUUUCAAUAAUUCUCUUUCUCAUCAAAAUAAAUUCUCCAGAAGAGAAGAGAAGAGAGGAGAUCGCUGUCCUGGAUCGGAGCCAACGUAAAUCAAUCUCUAACCCACUUGCCCUUUUUCUAUCUAUCUCGGUUACGUUUCGCUUUUGCAGGUCUUGGUGACUUCAACUACAGCCGGCUGUGUAACCUGUUAGCUUCUUAUAUCUCCUACCAACAAUUGUGGGCUUAAAUUUAAGACGAAGCAUUAGCAUUUCAUCUGCAGAAGUUUUGAUUUCCUCGCAACCAAAGUCAACAGGAGUUUGAUAACUUCCUUGUGUCAGGAUCCCCUACAGCCAUGGCCAAUGAAAAUCUUCCGCCAAAUGUGAUAAAGCAACUCGCAAAGGAAUUGAAGAAUCUUGAUGAAAUCCCCCCAGAGGGCAUUAAGGUGGUCAUCAACGAUGAUGACUUUUCCACCAUAUUUGCAGAUAUUGAAGGACCAGCUGGAACUCCAUACGAGAAUGGUGUUUUCCGCAUGAAGCUGAUAUUGUCUCACGAUUUUCCACACACUCCUCCCAAAGGUUAUUUCAUGACAAAAAUCUUCCACCCGAACAUUGCAACCAAUGGUGAGAUUUGUGUCAACACACUGAAAAAGGAUUGGAGUCCAAGUCUUGGAUUGCGCCAUGUUCUACUUGUGGUCAGAUGUUUGCUGAUAGAACCAUUUCCAGAAUCAGCUUUGAAUGAACAGGCUGGUAAAAUGUUGCUUGAAGAUUAUGAGGAGUAUGCCAGGCUAGCCAGGCUUUAUACAGGAAUUCAUGCACUAAAGAAGCCUAAAAGCAAGACAGGAGCUAUAUCUGAGUCAACUACUGCCCUAAAUGUAGAUCAGACGAAACCGACGAGUCUAGUUGUUGACCACAAAAACAAAGUAUCUUGUGUUACAGUACAACCAAUGUUAUCCCCUCUUACUACUCCGGCAACGCCAACUAAAGGAGGAACUACUGCUAACAGCCAGGAUCAUCAGCUUACAGUGAGUGCUAUGCCAGCUACUGAGACAUUAGUUGGUGUUGAGAACACAACACUUGCACAAAAGAUCGUAGCAGGCAAUGGCGUGGCUGCUAAAGUUCAGGCUGAAAAGAAGAAAAUGGAUGCCCGGAAGAAGAGCUUGAAAAGAUUAUAGAAUGGAGAAAGGGCUGCGAAGGCAAGUGUGAGCUACGUAUAGACAAAACAUAACCUUGAAAAAAGUGAUGUCAAAAAGAGAAUAACAGGAAUGGGAAAGGGGAAAUUCUUUGUAUGCACGCAGUUGGGGCAACCAGCAAGGGGCAGUUGUCCCAACUGGUUCCAACUUCCCUCCUCAAUGUUCUUUGGAACUUUAUAUGCCAAUCUUGUUGUGAAGCACCCAUUUUAAUCUUUAAUUUCCUGUUGAAAUGUCAUGACAAAAUGCUUUUAGGAGGUCAAUAUUAGCCUUGUGAAAACAUCAUUGCUAAGUAGUAUACUAGUAUGUGAGAGUUGUCCCAGGCAUAUCAAAACCAGUAAUUCCCAAUGUGGUAAAAAGGAACUGGUCCAGUUGAUCUUUGAAUCUGUGAAUUGUGGAAUUAGGGAUUUAGGGUC